AUGAUUGCAGGCGGCGAUUCGAAGGCUAGCGGCGAUGGAAGAGGAGGGAAAAGGUAGGGCGGCGGCGGCUGCGGCAGACGGCGACGACGGUUGACGACAGAGGUGAAAAUGGGGGCGAUGGCAGCGGGCAGCAGGGAUGGCGAGAGGUGGGCUGUGGCUAAGGCGAGGCAAGCUGACGGCGACGGGAUGGAAGUAAGAAGUGGGAGAAGAGAAGUGGGGGAAGGAGAAGCUCCAGACCGGGUACGGCGGGGUCCUCCGACCAACCCAAGCCGGGGUGACGGGAUCAAACGAUCAGGUAGCAAGCUAUGCUUCAACUUCAAAAUGCACUGUCCAAAGUAGAGGUCCUCUGGCCCUUUUUAUGGACCUUAGUGGGUAACUGAAAUAGGAAGAGUGAACUGUUCUUAAUAAGAGAUAAAGGCGCCUGUUUCAGGACGUUUUCGAUGACGACGUGAGCGGCAGAAGGUUGGUUCCACCAUAAGAUCCACGUCCCCCACUUCAUGCAUUUCCAGUUCUCCGCCUUGAACGGCUCCACCUUCCUCAAAUGAUUGGGGCUAGAUCGUGCUGCAUCACUAAGCGAUCUGCCGAAGCUGUGGGAUGCAAAAAUGCAUCGAUAGGUUACGUUUUUAUGAGCGACAGCCAGAUAGCUUAUGAAGGUAGUGGUGGCUACGGAGACGCCCACCCUGUCAGCCAAAGGUGACGGGCCAGGGAAGGAUGGUGAAAGCUGUCACGUGAUUGGAUGUCAUGUUCUUCAUGUGAGUGAUCCCACAAUUGAUCUCCCUUAGUUUCGCCAUCUAACUCGACUACUCCGAAGUGACUGUUUUCAAAUAUUUCUUUUCAUCUCUAAAGUUACUGUUACAUGUGCUCCCGAAUCACCAUGAAAGACAACGCGGCCACUUCCGGGUCAUUGCCAUUCCCAGAACUGACGCCUCCCGGCGGCGAUCCGGCCCCCGUUCUAAGAAGAUAAUGUAGAGAUAUAUAUAUAUAUAUAUAUGUAUAUAUAUAGAUGUGUGUGUGGAUAUAUAUGUUUAUGGGCCUGGCCCACUUUCUCUCUCUCCUCACCCUUAGGGCUUCCGGCCUCUUCUCAUAUAUAAUAUUAUUUUCUCUCUCCUUAUGGUAUCAGAGCCCUAGCGGCCACCUCGCCGCGCCGCUCUUCUAUUCCUCAGAGCCAAGCGCCGGCUCACCAUGGCACGCGGCCGCGCGUCGUCGUCGCACGGUGCGUUUGUUGGUGCCACACGCCGGCCCUACGGCACGGUGGUGCCACCACCGUGCGUCGUCGUACACAGCAGCACGACGCGCUUCAUGCAUUGCGCGCUUUGCACGACGCGUAGUGCGCAGCCGCACGACGCGCGUGUUUCGAUGUGCUCUUACCUCUGCGCGCGUGCCCGCGACGCUCUUCCGGGCUCCCUCGUGUCCUAAGACCACCCUAUGGGUCCGCCUGUCCUCUUCCGUGCCUUAUGGUGAGAGUUCCGAGACUUGUAGGACAUCAUAUAUUGCAUCUUAUCAUGUAAGAUCUACUAACGGAGCCCGAGGCACUUAGGAAGCGGAACAUUAAUAAUCAGUAUCUAUUGGGCUUUUUAUGAGCCUCCCUAGAGCCUCAUAACUUUGACAAAUGCCGGCAAGUUUAAGAUCAUCUUAGAUUGAUCUACACUAAUAAUCUCACCUGUCAAUUGAUAUUUAGCCCGAGUUUUAUAAGAUGAAGAAGGGGCAGUGUUCAUUAGUGAAGUAUUUUAGAACAUUCAUUUGGGUUGAGCAAAAACUUACCUUAUUGAUGCUAUUAUUCACCAAUCUUACAAUAAUACAUUACCAACAAAAUCGUUAUAAUGUCAUUAACUUCUAGAGGGUCUUCCAACAAAAUAUGAUGAUGGAGAGAGCUAG